AACAAAUUGGCGACGGGGUUUUACCUUAAUUCAUUGCAGUUAUAGCAAGCAAACGACGACAGUUUUUAUUCUGUUCAGCGCAGCUAUAUAACAUUUUUGACUGUGUUAAUUACAACCCAAUUACAAUGUCUAUCUCUCUGGACGAUCUCAAAUCUAUCUUGCAGCAGCAGCAAGUUCAGAAUGAAGCAGCUCAACUAAAAUUAAUCGAAGCUCUCACUCAGAAGCUGUCCAUUCAAGUUCCAUCAACAUCUCAUUCUGACAAAUAUGAAAGCAUCUCAAAUUCCAUCAGUGAGUUCAACUACGACCCAAUAUCUGGUCUCGUAUUUGAUGCAUGGUUCAAUCGUUACGAAGACGUUUUCCGUAUUGAAUGCUACAUGUUUGAUGAUGCUGCCAAAGUCCGAUUGUUACUAAGAAAACUUGGUACUGUUGAGCACAACAGAUAUGUUAACUUCAUUCUGCCUAAGAACCCACUUGACAAAAAUGCCUUCCGAUGAUUAUGUCACUUACGCUGGCAAAGUGAACAAGGAAUGUGAAAGGUUCAAACCACACGAAAUGACAUCAGAUCAGUUCAAGUGUUUGAUUUUUAUUUGUGGGUUGAAGAACCCAGAAGAUACUGACAUACGAACUCGACUUCUGUCACUCGUGGAACAAGACCCGAAAAUGACUUUACAAAUGGU